AUUGAUUUCCUUUCCAUUUUUCUUUGCGGGGACCGUAUCAGAGCCCGGAAAGGCCUGGAGAGCCUCAGCAAUGAGUGCCAACAGCAGCACGGUGGGCGAGCUCCUCUGGCACAGGCCAGUGUGCAGUGGUUGGAAGCAGGCUUCGGAGGGUGCCGUCUACCACCUGGCCAACUGCUUCCUGCUCAUGGGCUUUAUGGCAGGCAGCGGACUGUACGGAUGCUUCUAUCUUUUCGGCAUCCUGGGCCCAGGCUUCCUCUGCUGUGUGCUGUGGGGCUGGUUUGACGCCUGUGGGCUGGACAUCGUCCUCUGGAAUGUCCUCCUGACAGUGGCGUGCCUGCUCCAGCUGGCACACCUGCUGUACCGCCUGAGGGCGGACACCUGCCCCGAGGAGUUCAGCCUCCUCUACAAGACACUGUGCCUGCCCCUGCGGGUGCCCCCGCAGGCCUACAAGAAGAUCGUCCACUGCUGCCACGAGCAGGUCUUCACGCUGGCCGCAGAGCAGACCUACGCCGUGGAGGGCGAGACACCCAUUAACCGCCUGUCCCUGCUCCUCUCUGGCCGGGUUCGAGUGAGCCAGGACGGGCAGUUUCUACACUACAUCUUUCCAUACCAGUUCAUGGACUCUCCUGAAUGGGAAUCACUGCAGCCUUCCGAGGAGGGGACCUUCCAGGUUACGCUGACGGCUGAGACGGAAUGUAGCUACAUUUCCUGGCCCCGGAAAAAUCUUCACCUUCUCCUGAACAGAGAGCGAUACAUCUCCCGCCUCUUCGCGGCCCUGCUGGGCUACGACAUCUCGGAGAAGCUCUAUAACCUCAACGACAAGCUGUUUGCCAAGUUUGGGCUGCGCUUUGACAUCCGCCUCCCCAGCCUCUACCAUGUUCUGGGUCCCUCAGCCUCAGAUGGAGGACCAGAGUCCGAGAAAGAUGAGGAAGAAGUCUUUGAGGCGGCUGUGUCCCCUGCUCAGGCCAGGCCCAUUUGCAUCCUGCCAACACCCCCUUGCUCCCCACCUCCAGCUACCACCAACGUCUCUGUGCCUCUGCCCCGGGCCAGGAUGCCCAGGCCUGACAGUGGCACCCUGGCUUCUAGAAGUCCUCUCCAGAACUCUUCUCAAGUCAUGUCCAGAGCACAGGCCCCUUUGGCUCCAACUCACACUCCUGAGCUCUAAGGGUCACAGAGCUGCUGCCUCUGUGGCCAGAUGGCCCUUUUCCAUGUUCCCUGGAUGGCCACUUGUACUCACGUCCCUCCUCUCACCCUCCAGAAAGAUCUGGGGCAAGAAGGGAAAUGGACAUGCCAUGCCAGCACCACAUCUGCCCCCGGGGUGUCCUGGAGAAACUCACCUUCUUAAACCUUCCUUCCGGGAGGAGGGGUCCAGAGGCACCGGUCCUGACUCCAUCUUUUAUGGAGUCGCAAGACCUUGGCAGGUUACGCGGCCUCAGAGCCUGGUCUGUUAGCGUGGCUAUGAAGUGAUGUCAUAGGGUUGUCGCGAGCUGAUUGGGUAAAGCACCUAUG